CUACUAUUUAGCUCAAGAAGCCAGAAAGAGUGAAAGACCCCAUCGGUUAAUUCCCAGUGUCUAGAAAGAAAGACCGCCCGUGCCCAAGAAGAUGAGGGAGGGGAAAUGCCGCUGAAGGCUGAACCUGAAAAGGUUUCGCUGCUCGAAGCUGCGUCUUGGAAACAAGGAGUCGCUCCGAAGUCUAUCCUAGCCGCCCCUCUUGCUCCUUCUCCUCCGCCACCCUAAAACCCCAUCCUUCUCCGAUUCUAGGGUUUAUUAUAAUUUUCUUGUUUUUGGUUCUGUUCCCAUGGGCUUAACAACAAUGGUUUCCACUUCUUCGUCGUCAUCUACUGCUCCAUCUACACGGGCCAAUAUCUUGGUUCUACUUGGUCUCGGUCUGGCCGGGAUUCUGCUACUUACCAGAAAGUUGAAGAGAGCUGUACGGGAAGACUUCGGUGCCUUUGUCCAGAAGCUUCAACUCCUCCCCCCGCCUCAACCUGCUCCCCCCAAAGCUCGCCAUCCGCUCACCGACCUCACCUUUGCCGUUUCCGACGUAUUUGACAUUGAAGGAUUUGUCACUGGUUGUGGACAUCCUGAUUGGGCAAGUACACAUGGCGUGGCCUCUAAGACUGCAGUCGUGGUUUCAACUCUUGUUGACGGUGGUGCCACUUGUGUAGGAAAAACUGUUGUUGAUGAACUGGCUUAUAGUAUCAAUGGAGAAAAUAGGCAUUAUGGUACACCUACCAAUCCUGUGGCUCCUGACCGUGUUCCCGGUGGAUCUUCUAGUGGAGCAGCUGUCGCUGUAGCAGCUAAGCUUGUUGAUUUUUCAUUGGGGGUUGAUACAGAUGGUGGUGUAAGAGCACCUGCAGCGUUUUGUGGGAUCAUAGGAUUCCGGCCGUCAUAUGGUGCUCUUUCAAACAUGGGAAUGUUAACCAUUUCACCUAGCCUUGAUACAGUAGGAUUGUUUGCCAGUGAUCCUGAUGUUUUGAGGCGUGUCGGCCAUGUGCUCUUGCAACUUCCAUUUGGAGUUCAACGUAAACCCCGACAAAUUAUAAUAGCUGAUGAUUGUUUUGAACUAUUCAAGAUUCCGUUUGACAAGCUUGCUCAGGCAUUGAUAACAUCUACUGUGAAGCUCUUUGGAAGACAAGCGUUGAAGCAUGAAAUUCUUGAGGAGUUUCUGUGUUCUAAUGUUCCAAGCCUGAAAAAGAUUCUUACAAACAAAUCAGAUUCUAAAGUCAAAACUUCUUCACUGGGAAUGCUAGCACAUAUUAUGCAGGCUCUUCAUAGGUAUGAGUUCAGUGAUAUUCACGAGGAGUGGUUGAAGAUGGAAAAGCCUGUCCUUGAUCCUCUUAUCUCUGCUCAUUUGAAUGAUGCAGGAGAGAUUUCAGAUACGGAAAUUGAAAAAUACAGAUCUGUUAGAAAUGAAAUGCGUGCAGCCAUCAACACUCUCCUUAAGGAUGAUGGAAUUCUUGUGAUCCCAACAACAUUUGCUCAUCCUCCUAAACUCAAUGCAAAAGAGCUGCUCUCAGAGGACUACAUGCUACGUUCAUUUAGCCUGCUAAGUCUUGCUAGCCUCUCCGGCUGUUGCCAGGUCACAAUUCCAUUGGGGAGCCAUGACAAGUGUCCUACUUCAGUUUCUUUCAUAGCCCGACAGGGGGGAGAUCGCUUUCUACUAGACACAUUGCUGAGCAUGUAUACAUCUCUACAAGAGCAAGCCGAUGUUCUUGCUACAUCAAAUCAAUCUGGUCGUGCGGGAUACCCAGAAAUAUCUGCAGAGGUGGCUAAGGAAAAGGGAAACCAAUCAUUCAAAGAUAGGCAAUGGCAAAAGGCAGUUGGUUAUUAUACAGAAGCCAUUAAACUUAAUGACAGAAAUGCAACGUACUACAGCAACAGAGCUGCAGCUUAUCUUGAACUUACGAGCUUUCACCAAGCCGAGGAUGAUUGUUCGAAAGCUAUCGACCUUGACAAAAAGAACGUGAAGGCAUAUUUGAGAAGAGGCACAGCAAGAGAGAUGCUUGGUUAUUAUAAAGAGGCAAUCGAAGAUUUCCGAUAUGCCUUGGUGCUUGAACCAACUAAUAAGAGGGCAGCAGCUUCUGCAGAAAGACUGAGAAAGUUUUCUCGGUAGAGUGAUCGGAGUAGAGAAAAUUUUGUGCAAAGAGCAGGCUAGCGUUGCAUUCGCCACAUUGCAGAACGAAAAAGGCAAAAUUAGGUUGCAUCAUCGAACUAUCCACGACAGUUUUGCACAGUCAAAAGUAAAGGAGUAGAUUGAAUUCUUUUUUUCCCCAUUUUUUAACAGUAUUAUUACGAGGGAGAAGAGUUUCGAGAUGAUUGUUAUGGCUGCAUGUGGCUUGAGCCAUGGGGUGGGAGCUGACACGAGAGGGAGCCAAAGUUUCUGUAUGCUGAAAUUUUGUUUACAAAACAAACUAAGAUUGAAUGUAGAAUCUUUGAAGGCAAAAAGAAAAAAAAAAACAGAACUCAAAAGGAGGAGAAGGAACCAUAAUCGUUGUUCCCUAAUACAAAUAGUAAUAAAUAAAAGUUAUUAUAGCAAAAAGCAAGCCUUCAAAAGGAGACUCUGUAAGCUGAGAACAAUGAGAAGGAGAAAUUUGAAACCCAAGAAGCCCCCCGGCUCGGUCUCCCAAGUUUUGAAUUUCUCUUCUCCUUCAUUUCACAUCGAACGGUUCUUCUUUUGUGGUUUGAAAAAUAAAGGAGCACCGCCACCAGGCCGUGCUCAUCGUAGGACGCAAAGCGAUUCAGCUUUGAUUAGACAGGCAAUAGACCAAGAACCUCAGGGCCAGGGCGAACCCGAAUCAUAUAAAGGAGACCGAGGGGGCGGCGUCAAAAUGGCGGACUCACCACUAGCAUCAUCUCCUUCACCUUCCGCGCUCGACGGAACUGCUUCUCCCAUGGAAAGCCUUCUGGGUUUGCUCCGUAUCCGAAUCAAACGCGGCGUCAACCUCGCCGUCCGCGAUGUUCGCAGCAGCGACCCUUACUGCGUCGUCAGAAUGGGCAAACAGAAACUGAAGACUAGAGUUAUAAAGAAGGAUGUGAAUCCCGAGUGGAACGAAGAUUUAACUCUUUCUGUUACAGACCCAGAGCUCCCAGUCAAGCUGACUGUUUAUGACCACGACACAUUCACCUUAGAUGACAAAAUGGGGGAUGCGGAAUUCGACAUCAAACCUUUCAUGGAUGCAUUAAAGAUGAACGUGUCAGGCCUACCAAACGGCACCAUAAUCAACAAAAUGCACCCGGGCAGGCAAAACUGUUUGGCGGAUGAGACCUGCAUUACAUGUGUUGAUGGCAAAGUUGUCCAAGAUAUGUGCCUCAGAUUGAGAAACGUGGAAUGUGGUGAAGUUGAGCUCCAGUUACAGUGGAUUGACCUCCCCGGCUCAAAGGGAUUUUGAAAUGCACCAUAAACAAAAGAAGCAGAAGCAGUGGUCUGUUUCAGAGACUUGAAGCCGAGCUGGUCUGUCUAUCACCAGAAGCAUAUCUUUCUUUAUACACACACACCAUGGUUGCAGUUGCUAGUAUCCUGUUGAUUUUGGCGAUGCAGGUUACACCACCAUAUUGUUCGUAGGUUGUGUUGUACCGAGCUGAAGAUCGAUCUCAUUAAUGGUCUUUUUCUUUCUCAUUUAAAUUGUGAUUGGUGUACCAAUUAGUCCAUACCUGGCGUAAUUAUAUGUCUUGGAUGUUCCUGUUGUUAUCAGUCCUCAACUAGGAUUUGCACUUGGAAAGACGGAUGAUAUGUUGCAAACGGAAUUAUGUUUGAAGAAGCUGAAAGAGAUGGUGUUACAUGAAGAUUAUAUAUACACAUAUAAAGUGUAACCAUUUCAUGUCAAACAAGCAACAAUGGAAUAUUCUCGUCAUUUGUUUUUUCACGCCUCCGUUGUGUUCUAAUGUGUUUGUAGCGUUAUUACGCAAUGAUUCUGGAGACGACCACGGCAGGAAACAUGAAAACUUCCUUUUCACCAGUUUUCACUUUCAUGGGGACAUUUCCGGCUCUACAGAGACUUGGUUCGCUUUUGCUUUUGCAUUGUUCUUCCGGUUCUUUCUUCCCAGUUAGAUUAGAACGAUUCCCUCGACAGAUUUGGUCACGUCGCCAUCUGGAAAAGGAAACCACUUUGCGCUGAGCAGUGAGCACACAGAAAGAAGAGAAAGGCGCAAGUCUUUUGAGAAUCCCAUCCAUGUAUGCUGGUUGGGUCGCAACCAGAGAACACAAAAGGCCCAGUGGCAGAGCCAUGGCCGCAGGGGAAAAAGAGGGUCGGAGGCUUAGUUGGUUUGGUUUGGUUGCAAAGGAAAGGACCAAAGGAG